ACAAUGUAACGUCACAACUGUCAAAAACUCGAUGUAAGGAAGGAACUGAUUUUGUGAAAAUUACAACAUAAUCUGCCUCAUUCAAACAUAUGUCUAUAUAAAACAUACAAUUUUAAAGCUAAAGUAUUAUUUGGGGUGUAUACUUUUGAGACGCGCUGUUAUUAAGCCAGUUCAAAAUGAAUAAUAGUGGAUAUACUCCUAACACGGGUGUAACAGCACCAAUCGACCCCGGCUGGAAUGACCCACCUAAAUUUUCGUUCAAUGCUCAGACAACUCCAAAUAAACCUCGAAACAUUUUAAACAAAAGAGUGGCAUUUCCCUUAUCUAGUGCCACGGCUAGUCCAGUGGUGAUGCCUCCUGUGAAUAUACCACCGAUGCCCACGAUGUACCCUCCAGCACCACCACCACAAAUUCCUAACUCGCAGACAGAAGAAAUUAAUGUGGACAGAGAAAAUAUUUUAAAAGAAGUGAAGGAAAUAUUACUUACACAGUUAGAAACUAGCACAGAGCUUGGCCCUAAAGCAAAUGAUAUUAAGAGAAGGAUAGGAGUGAUGGAAGACAUGUGGACCAGUGGGAAAUUAAAUAGUACAAUUUAUUUACAAAUGCAGCAAUUGGCCCAUGCGCUUCGAGAUGAUGUACCAUCAAAAGCUGAUGACAUCCACAGGGCAUUAAUGGUAGACCAUGUGAGUGCUGUAGGGACCUGGAUGCCGGGCAUCAAGCAGUUGAUACACAACUGUAUAGCCCGCUCAGAACUGCUCGCUCUCGACAAGGAAUAGAUAUAACAAGAUCCUGCAGUUAUUGCUCUUAAAACAGUAAAUGUAUUUAAACGUGUGCAUAUUAUAUAGUUAAGACUUGUAAUAUAUUUAAGCAGUGCAUAAAAUCAUAACCUAGAAUGCUAUUUUAUAUUUUCCUUUUUUAUUAUAAGAGAAUUUUCUAAGUACUCAAAUUAUUUUUGUCAUUUCAGAAUGGUUUUAAUUUUAAUAAUGAAUUGUGAUGUUUUUAGGCUUUUAUGUUUAAUUGCCAUGUGAAAUAUAAGGUACAAGUAUAAGGUUUCAAGUUGUAAAAAUAAAAUGUAAAUAAAAUACUAUAAUUUGCAA